AUGGCCGAUGUUGCCUUGCCUGAUAGUGCCGCUCCGGCCAACUCCUCCCCUCAUGAACCCGAUGCGCCCCCACUAAGUGCUGUCUCUGGUGGUCCGGCAGGAGGGACUGAACCUCCAUCGGAUCCGUUGUCUAUCUCGGAUGAGCUGAAGGCUCGUUUGGAUAAAGUGAUCUACUCGGAUAUUGGUGUCACGACUCUUUUGAACCGUUUGAAACAAAGUCUCGCAUCUGCUAGGGACUUCUCCACCUUUCUGAAGAAGCGCUCCAGCUUGGAAGAAGAGCAUGCCCAAGGCUUGAGGAAGCUGUCUCGUUCGCUUCAAGAUGCCUCUCUCCGCUCCGAAAACCGCCAGGGUACCUACAGCCAGAGCUAUAACGGAUUGAACCGCUUCCACGAUCGCAUGGCCGACCAUGGACUCCAGUUUUCCGUGUCGUUGCAGCAGAUGGCCGACGACCUGCAUGAGCUGGCCGCGAACAUCGAGAAGGGCCGGAAACAGUGGAAGGCCACGGGUCUGACGGCAGAGAAACGGGUGCUGGAAGCCGAGACGGCGGCGGAGAAGGCCAAGUCCAAGUAUGAAUCGCUGGCGGAGCAGUACGACCGCGUGAAGACGGGCGACAAGCAGGGGGGCAAGUUUGGUCUCAAGGGCCCCAAGUCGGCGGCUCAGCAUGAGGAGGAGUUGCUGCGCAAGGUGCAGAACGCCGACUCGGACUACGCCGCCAAGGUCCAGGCCGCCCAGACGGCGCGGAAGGAGUUGAUUGCGACCCACCGCCCCCAGGCAGUGCAGAACAUCCAGCAAUUAAUAUCUGAGUGUGACUCGGGGCUGGCCUUGCAGCUCCAGAAGUUUGCCACGUUCAACGAGAAGUUGCUCCUGGGCCAAGGUAUGACCAUCAGCCCGUUGAAGGACGGUGUGGGAACGGCCGCUAUUGGGCCUAAGAGCCUCUACGAGGUGGUCUUCCAAAUCGACAACCAGAAAGACUAUCACGAAUAUAUCCUAAGCCACGCAAAUAACCCCGGCGCUGUGACGUCGGAACAGAUCAAAUACGAGCGGCAUCCGACACUUGCAGGGACGUCGUCGGGCCCUCCUGCGCCAAUGUCACAGACCAGCACGCAGCACAAGCGCCAAUCGACCAUGCUCCCUUCGACAUUCUCGCAGCCGAACCUCACUUCUACGCAAGCACCUACGCAAGCGCCAGCGCCGGCGCCGGCGCCGGCACCAGCCUCAAACACCCCGCAGCUCCCGUACCCGCAUAACCCCGAUUCAUUCGGAUCAGCUCCCUUCCAGCAGCCCACCUACGCCCAGGGACCCCCGCCGCCAGAGAAGGUGCUGACCGUGGUCGGUGGCCUACCAUCACCUGUAAACAAUGUGCAGCAGCAGCACCUCCCGCCGCUGAAGCCCGUGUUUGGCGUCUCACUGGAGGAGCUAUACGAGAGAGACGGGACCGCUGUCCCCAUGAUCGUGUACCAAUGCUUCCAGGCCAUCGAGCUGUUUGGACUGGACAUGGAAGGAAUCUAUCGACUGUCGGGCAGUGCGACCCAAAUCGCGCAGCUGAAGUCCCUCUUCGACAAUGCGACAGAUUCCUCCCAAGUGGAUUUCACGAACCCCGAGAACUUCCACCACGACGUGAACAGUGUGGCCGGCCUCCUCAAGCAGUUCUUCAGGGACUUGCCGGAUCCGCUAUUCACCGCCCAGUCAUAUACCGAAUUUGUCAACGCAGCUCGCCUUGACGAUGACACCCAACGUCGCGACACCAUCCACGCGCUGGUGAACAACCUGCCAGACGCUCAUUACGCCACCCUGAGGGCCCUCGUCCUGCACCUCAACAAAAUCCAAGAGCACUACACGCAAAACCGCAUGAACGCGGGCAACAUCGCCAUCUGCUUCGGACCAACCCUCAUGGGCGCCAGCUCCCACGGCAACAUCGCAGACGCAGGAUGGCAAGUGCGCGUCAUCGAGACCGUCCUCGUCAAUACCUUCCAGAUCUUCGACGACGACUGA